UUCCCGUUGCCUUCGGUUCGUUCCAACCCACGGGUUCUCCGCCCGGUACCAAGAUGGCGGCAGAAGCAGCUGGUGGGAAGUACAGAAGCACAGUCAGCAAAAGCAAAGACCCCUCAGGGCUGCUCAUCUCUGUGAUCAGGACUCUGUCUACCAGCGAUGAUGUUGAAGACAGAGAAAAUGAGAAGGGUCGCCUGGAAGAGGCCUAUGAGAAAUGCGACCGUGACCUGGACGAAUUGAUUGUGCAGCACUACACAGAACUGACGACCGCUAUUCGCACGUACCAGAGCAUCACAGAGCGCAUCACCAACUCCCGGAAUAAGAUAAAGCAGGUCAAAGAAAAUCUGCUUUCGUGCAAGAUGCUGUUGCACUGCAAACGGGAUGAGCUUCGGAAAUUGUGGAUUGAAGGAAUUGAACAUAAGCAUGUCCUGAACCUGCUGGAUGAAAUUGAGAAUAUCAAGCAAGUGCCUCAGAAGCUGGAACAGUGCAUGGCCAGCAAGCACUAUCUCAGUGCCACCGACAUGCUGGUGUCAGCAGUCGAGUCUCUGGAGGGCCCCCUGCUCCAGGUGGAAGGGCUGAGUGACCUUAGGUUGGAGCUUCACAGCAAAAAGAUGAAUCUUCACUUGGUUCUCAUAGAUGAACUGCACCGGCACCUGUACAUCAAAUCCACUGGCCGAGUCGUGCAGCGCAACAAGGACAAAGGGAGAAUGAGCGCCCUUGUGAAAGACGUUCCUCCUGUUCCGCUGAUUGAUGUUACAAACCUUCCCACUCCUCGAAAGUUUCUCGAUACCUCUCAGUAUUCAACUCCUGGAACCUCAAGUGCGAGAGAGAUGAGCCUGCAGGACAUCAAGGAGGACUUGGAAUUGGAUCCAGAGGACAACAGCACCCUUUUUAUGGGCAUCCUCAUCAAGGGGCUAGCCAAGCUGAAGAAGGUCCCAGAGACCGUCAAGGCGAUCAAAGAGCGCUUGGAGCAGGAGCUCAAACAAAUUGUGAAGCGGUCUACAACCCAGGUGGCAGACAGCAGCUAUCAGAAGGGCGAGAACCUUACUGCGGAGAACCAGCCAAGGUUACUUCUAGAACUGCUGGAGUUGCUAUUUGAAAAGUUCAAUGCCGUAGCCGCUGCACACUCUGUGGUCCUGGGAUACCUGCAGGACACGGUCGUGACACCACUGGCUCAGCAGGAAGACGUCAAGUUGUAUGACAUGGCAGACGUGUGGGUGAAGAUUCAAGAUGUGCUCCAGAUGCUGUUGACUGAGUACUUGGACAUGAAAAACACUCGUACGGCCUCUGAACCGUCAGCUCAACUAAGUUAUGCCAGCACUGGACGAGAGUUUGCAGCCUUUUUUGCCAAGAAGAAACCUCAAAGGCCAAAAAAUUCUCUUUUCAAGUUUGAGUCAUCUUCCCACGCCAUCAGCAUGAGUGCCUACUUGCGGGAGCAGAGAAGGGAGCUCUACAGUCGGAGUGGAGAACUCCAAGGGGGUCCUGAUGACAACUUAAUUGAAGGUGGAGGAACAAAGUUUGUCUGCAAACCUGGAGCCAGAAAUAUUACAGUUAUAUUCCAUCCAUUACUAAGGUUUAUUCAGGAAAUCGAGCAUGCCUUGGGACUUGGCCCAGCAAAACAGUGUCCUCUUCGAGAGUUCCUCACUGUGUACAUCAAAAACAUCUUUCUCAAUCAAGUUCUGGCCGAGAUCAACAAGGAGAUCGAAGGAGUCACGAAGACAUCCGACCCCUUGAAGAUCCUCGCUAAUGCUGACACCAUGAAGGUGCUGGGGGUGCAGCGCCCUCUCCUCCAGAGCACCAUCAUCGUGGAGAAGACAGUGCAGGACCUCAUGAACCUGAUGCAUGACCUGAGUGCGUACUCGGACCAGUUCCUCAGCAUGGUGUGCGUGAAGCUUCAGGAGUACAAGGACACCUGCACCGCGGCCUACAGGGGCAUUGUCCAAUCGGAAGAAAAACUUGUCAUCAGUGCAUCUUGGGCAAAAGAUGAUGAUAUCAGCAGACUCUUGAAAUCUCUGCCAAACUGGAUUAAUAUGGCUCAACCCAAACAGCUAAGGCCAAAAAGAGAAGAUGAAGAAGAUCUCAUAAGGGCGGCCUUUGGCAAGGAAUCAGAAGUUCUUAUUGGAAACCUGGGUGAUAAAUUAAUCCCUCCACAAGACAUCCUGCGUGACGUCAGUGACCUCAAAGCGUUGGCCAACAUGCAUGAAAGCCUGGAAUGGUUAGCGGGUCGAACAAAGUCAGCUUUCUCCAAUCUCUCUACCUCCCAGAUGCUGUCUCCUGCUCAGGAGAGCCACGUGACCAUGGACCUCCCCCCAGUGUCCGAGCAGAUCAUGCAGACCCUGGGCGAGCUUGCCAAAUCUUUCCAGGACAUGGCCGACCGCUGCCUGCUGGUCCUGCAUCUGGAAGUCAGGGUUCACUGUUUCCACUAUCUCAUCCCUCUUGCGAAAGAGGGAAACUAUGCCAUCGUUGCUAACGUGGAAAGCAUGGAUUAUGACCCUCUGGUGGUCAAGCUCAACAAAGACAUCAGUGCCAUCGAAGAGGCCAUGAGUGCCAGCCUCCAGCAGCACAAGUUCCAGUACAUAUUUGAAGGCCUAGGACAUCUGAUCUCCUGCAUCCUCAUCAAUGGUGCCCAGUACUUCAGGCGCAUCAGUGAGUCUGGCAUCAAGAAAAUGUGCAGGAACAUUUUUGUUCUUCAGCAGAAUUUGACCAACAUCACCAUGUCGCGGGAAGCAGACCUGGACUUUGCAAGGCAGUACUACGAGAUGUUAUACAACACUGCCGACGAGCUCCUGAACCUGGUGGUGGACCAGGGCGUGAAGUACACGGAGCUGGAGUACAUCCACGCCCUGACCUUGCUGCAGCGCAGUCAGACAGGGGUGGGGGACCAGACCACCCAGAACAUGAGGCUGCAGCGGCUCAAGGAGAUCAUCUGUGAGCAGGCUGCCAUCAAGCAAGCCACCAAGGAUAAGAAGAUAACUACAGUUUAAUGGGGGUACUGCGUGGGGCCAAGGGGUGGGGAAUGGUCAGUUUUGUUUACUUAGUCCUACUUCUUUCCCUGGUAUGUUAUUGGUAUAUUCUGAGCUGACUUGGUUUUUUUUUCUCUACACUAAUGCCUUCGUGGAGAGAGAAGGUGUAAGGAAUUGUUUCACUUUAGUUUUGGCUUUUCACAUAAACUCCAAAGGGAGUUUGCAGUGCAGAACAUUUUGAUUAAAUGCAGUCGAUUCUGAAUGGAUUAGGGUGGGAGGGGGAGGAAGGUUGUGUCAAACUGGACUCUGAAAAAAUGAACGUGUGGAUUACUAAUGCCCAACCAUCUUUGGAAAGGAGACUGCUAGUCAAGUUUCAGUCUCUUCCCAAAACUGCUUGUUAGGGUUCUCUUACAUAGACAGUAGGAUUUUUACUCUCUUGACCUUGUCAGUUUACAAUUCAAUGAAAUAAGUAUAUGUGCAUUACUUCCUGUCUCCAUUGCCAAGAUCCAGUGAAUGGCUUCUCAGCCGGAUGGAGUUCUCCACAAAUUCCCCAAACCAAAACAGGACUUCCUCAGGGAUGGGAGGGAAAAAAGUCCUUUUAUGUCAAACCAUGCAUUUUUACAUGCAAUGGCUCAUAUACAGGCUAUGAGUUGGUCUAUUACCUUUUCGAUUUUAUUUCUGCUGUAUCAAUACCAAGAGCCAUCAAAUUAAUGACCAAAAUGGAAAAAUGAAAGGUGACUCCAUCGUCUUGAUUUUCUCAUCCUUUCCAACAGAAAACAGUGGCAAGGGGACUUUUCAUGUCACUGGAAACGUUGUCUGGGUGUAACAGAUUCUUAGAUGCUCAUUUACUCUCCUUAGGGGCCCCUAGGCCUUCCUCACCAUAGAAAUAGCCCAGGUCUGCUCAGCUAAGUGCACGGAAGAUGGGGCAGCUCUGACAUCCCUCCUGUGUGCGCCCACCGGCCAUGUCCGUGUCUGGAGCGCUCUUGGGUGGUGUGAGCGCUCACUGCUCCUGGCCAGCUGGGCCUCGCCGCCACCCCAGGCCUCCAAGUGCUCUUGCUACCCAUGGUUGAUGUGUCACAGAAGAAAUCCAUGCACCGACUGCAACACAGCUGAAAACAAGUGGAAGGGAGAGCAGGAAGGGCUUUGACCAAGCGUGGUCAUUCCCCACGCCCUAAUGGUCCAGAAGUUUACAACUGUUUGUGCAACCUCAGUCUUGGUGGGAAAACAGAACAUUAAAAAAGACAUUUGAGAAGCUAAAA